AUGACGCUAGACCAAGAGACGGCGCUUUUAAUGGCAGCUCAGUUUGGCUUCGUGAAUGUGGUGGCUCAGCUCAUUUCGCGGGGAGCUGACGUCAACAUACGGAAUAUCAAACAGGAGAGCGCCUUGGACCUAGCGGCUCAGUAUGGACGGUUGGAAACCGUCCAGCACCUACUUCGGGUUCAACCUAUGCUGGUCCAGCCGUACAAGUAUCCCAAUUGGAAGGUUCGAUCGUUCUCGUCGACGCCUCUGCACCGAGCUAGCAAGAACGGACACAAAGAAGUUGUAUCGGUCCUACUAGCGGCGGGAAUAGACCCUAAUAUACGCACAAGUUCAGGGACUCCCCUUCAUGACGCAGCCUGCUUCGGCAAAGCGUCCGUAGUUAGAAUACUAUUAGCCAAAGGUGCUGAUCUUCGCGCGCUAGACGGUCGGGGGAAGACCGUAGAAGACCUUUUAGCAGACUAUUCUGAAGAGGCUACGAGAAGGGUCAGAAGAGUUAUAAGAGACUACGAAAGUAUGGCCCGAAAUAACUACGAAAGCGAAGAUGAGUUUCCGCCUUUUCCGGUGCAAGACAAUAGUCCCACUAGUUACACUCACCAACUUGUCAUGACAGCCCCAGAGACCCAGAAAGAUAUAAAUAUAAAUAAUAGCUUAACUACAUCAUCUUCAUCUCUUGUAACACGUAAUCCAUCUCAGAGCUUUGUCAAAAAGCUUGCUUCUAAAUGCUUGAGCUUCAAAGCAAAAUUUAAUUCUGCUCCCAACAUUACUAAUAUCCUUGAAUCGAACGUCGAUGUGAAAAAGUCUGAAUUAAAAUCGCCAAACGCCUUACAAAUCGGUAACAGUAAAUUUUUCAAAAGACUGGCAAAGAAAGAGGAGUCAGGUGAAAUUAAUUGUAACGAUGAAUUCGAUACCAUAUCAUUGGAUAGACUUGGUACAUUAAAUAGAGAUUCUACUGUAAAUAGGAGUAAUCGAAGCUGUCCAGGUUUUAAAAAUUCAUUACCUAAUAUAUCGGAAAAUAACGAAUUGAGUGAUUCGAGAGAAUCUAUCGCAGAAUCUAUUGUUAUUAUAGAAGAUGAAAAUGACAAUCGGUGCAAGGAAAAAGUAGUUGAGGCUAUCAAUCCUAUUUCUAAACAAGAUAUUUUUGAACCACGUCCACAGAGUAACAGAAAGUCGUUAAUAUCAAACAUGUCCUUAGAGUCUGCUAAUUUAGUAAAUGAAUGUUAUGAGUCUUAUGAAUUCUCUAGUUCUGUUGUCGAAAUUACAACCGAAAGUCAAAUAAAUAUUUCAAAACCUAAGCCUCCUCCUAGAAAUAUCCCAGAUACCAUAAAUAACAAUGACACGAUUUAUGAAAAUAUAGUAGUAGAGAAAAGUAACACUUUACCUCCGAAACCAGCACAAAGAACACAUGUUCCUAAGACAGAAUUCAACGCUCCGUCCAAUAAACCUACGCUAUAUGAAAAUAUUAUUAUUCCAGUAAGGAAAGCACCUGAACCGCCAAAAAGAACAUACUUUCCACAAAAGUCAAACGAAUCUUCACGCAGUGUUAGUAGAUCGUCCACAUUAUCAUCAGAUUCCAUGAUUGAUGAAACAAACUUGGAAGACAUAUUACUAUCACAAAAAUCGAGAUCUUUUCGUCACGGUCAAAAACUAUUGAUACGAAAAGAAUCAAAAUCUAGCGUCAAUAGAACGCAGUCAAACGCCUCUGAAUAUUCAGACAUUACAGAAGCAAGCGCUAUUGAAAAUGUAGACUGCAGUGGUGACAUAGACGAUAAAGCUCUUUAUUUAUCCAUGACCGGUACCUUACCAUCUAAGAAAACUGAAAAGUCUGUUAAGAAAAAAGUUCUAUUUAGACAUAAAACAUUCACAAAUAUUGAAGUUGAUAGAGAUUCUAUUAAUGUUAAGGACUUGCCUAAGUGGUCUAAUGAAUUCCUUAAGGAAACUUUAGCUCAUUAUCAUAUUCGUGGAACUGGGCAUUGUAUUUAUAAUGGCCCUACAGUUCAGGAAUUUAUAUCAAUUUUCAAUAAGGAUACUUUAGAGAGUAACUCACUAACACCACAUACAAAUAAGAAAAGAGAUAGUUACUUUGAGACGGCUAUAUGCUUUUGCAGGCCUAAACCUCCGAAAUUUCAUAAUAGUGCUGAGGAUCUUUUAGAUAUUCCACCUAAAACCGAAGAGACAGUCACAAUUAAUAUGGACGCUUUAAGAGAUAAAAUUGAAAUGGUGUCCACGUCAUUUAGAUGUUUUUGUGAUUCUAAACAGUGUUCUUUACAUGCUAGUAAGCGGGAGUCGCCUCUCGAUUUAAUAGUAAAAUUUUCCGCAAUCAAAAGGAGUUUGUCGACUCCCGAUAUCACAUUAGGCACUCUUUCUUUGUCAAAGAAAUCCGGUGGUCUGGUUAAAAAUAAAUCCGUACCGAUGAAUUUAGAAGAACCCUACGCAGUAGUAACUUUGCAAGAUAUCAUAGAUAGAAAUAAACCUAAGACUCGCGAAAGCUUCACUUAUGUUACGAUGUCACCGCAUACAUCAUUAUCAUCUACCGAUAGGCCUUAUUCAAUAAAGGAUAUAUCCGAUGUGAUAUCCUUAAAAUCAACUAGAUCAUCGAUCGAUUCUAAAUCUCUGUGUGCUUCCGAACGUUUACCGCUAAGAAAGUCAAGCUCCUCGGAACACUCUGGUCAUUGGUCUUUGCAAUCGUGCUACUCUAACAACACAAACGUGUCUGACGCGUCAUUCAAAUCUUGUCUAGAGGAAUCAUCAUCUGAUGAUGGUUCCGAUGGUACUCUGCAAUCGGAUGAGGAAAGCUCCGACGCGGAGACGGUAAAAUCUGAUGUUAGUACAUCUAAACGUCCGUGGAAACACAGUAAUUCGUUUAGAUUCGGUAAUUCUUUGACGAAAGACAGCAGUGUCGAUGUUAUCGAAGAGGAGCCAAGUAAACUAGAAACCUCAUCUUCCAAAUCCGAGAGCGGUAUCAUAAUCGAAUCGGAUUCCUCAUCCGAUUGUGGGGAUAGUGGUGUUCCGGGUUCUGGGUCGCUUGCUUCGCUUGAGCAUGGGUCGGGCUUGGUGGGUGUUCGCAGUGGGUCUCGUCGGCGCUGGGACGAGGCGGAAGGAACGAGCGAAGGCGACGCCCUAAGCGUGUCUAGCGCUGCGUCUAGCUGUGCGCCGCAUCUAGCGCAUCACUACGAACACAAUAAAGUGUCGCCCACCCCUCCCAAGAAGCCUCCACGGAGGAAUCUCUCAGUCUCUCCCACCCAUGCCAACUCUCCAUCUUCCGGCUACAGCUAUGAGCUCAGAUCUCAUGCUAGAAGUCAGGAUGACUUGGACGAAAUACAGAGCUCAAAACACUACCUCAAACACGGUCGCUCUGUCGACCAAUACGUUGACGGUAAACUGUCCUACAUGGAAUAUGAGGAGAACCACAACUCGCCCAGAGCAAUCCCUGUCCCCAACCCUCGGCCCAGUCUCAAGACGCGGACGCAGCCAGUCGCUAUCACUGCCAUGUACGAAAACGUGGUGAUCAAAGAGCAAAACCCCAGAAGAAAACUAAGAAGAAAUAACUUUGGACCUCAAAACGAAGAUACGAUAGAGAGAGUCAGAAAGUACUCGAACCAAGAGCGGUCUUCCAUGGAGAGCUUAUUAGAUGACCAGUCGAUGAACAGUCCAAGCGACUGUGAGCGCUAUAGCGACGGGCCGAAAAUCGAGAUUCCCUUGUCUCCCAGUCAUUAUGAACAGCCUCCUACCCCUGAUCAUCCGCCUCCAUCAGCGAGGCAAGCGGAGAGAAGCAUCCACGAAAGGAUACGACCCUUAAGUCAGCUCAUAAUGGAGGUUGUUGAAGAGAUAAGAAUUAGAAAGAAAUCGCAGGGCGAUGAAUACAAAAGAAGAUCUAUGGUACGCGAUAAUCAGACGGAAACUGAUUCAAGCCUGCUACGAGCUGCUUCUGCUGUCUCCGUGGCUAGUGGUGCCACAGAUAGGAGUGGGAAUACAGAUAACUGUGUAGAAGAGUACGUUUGUGAUGUGCCUUUUGCAGGUUAG